AUGUAUUCAAGUAUCUGUAAGUUGCGCCUUGAGUCCUGCUCUAGUGCUACAGCUCAAAAUUCUAUUUCUGAGAUAGUACAAAUAUGCCAUGAGGCUUGUGUUGCUGCCCAGCAAGAGGCAGCUUGGAGGCAGGAGGAACUGAGGCUCUACAAGCUGCAACUCGAUAACACGCAAAAAGAAAUUCUCAGAGCUCAAGAUAUACUUGGAGUCAUUGAAGCCCAGAGGGACGAUGCGGAGGCUGCUGCCACUGACACAUGCUCAAAGGCUCGAAAACUGAAUGAAGAACACUUGAUCGAGCUCGCAAGGGAGGAGGGUCGCAGGCUCAGGUAUGAAGAAGGCAUUCGAUGCGGUCGUAAUACGGGUUACCGAGAAGGGCGCGUCGUUGUUAUCGAUGAUGGUCGGUCUCCAAUGCCAUGCGCUUGA